AUGGUCAAGUUCUAUCCGUCCAUCGAGCCCGAUCACCGGGAAUGGAUGCUCAACCAGCCCGUCUUCUUCGUUGCCUCUGCCCCCAGCUUCGGGAAACACAUCAACAUCUCGCCCAAGGGCCUGCCGUCGACCUCUCUCGCCAUCCUCUCGCCCAACCAGGCGGCCUAUGUCGAUGCUACGGGCUCAGGCAACGAGACUCUAAGCCAUGUGCGUGAGAAUGGCCGCAUCACAGUCAUGUUCUGCUCCUUUGAAUCGUCACCGCGCAUCCUUCGGCUCUUCUGCACCGGCAAAGUGAUCGAGUUCGAUGACCCAGCCUUCAAGGGCUGGGUCAGCAAGAUGGGCGUCUCAGACAGAUAUAUUCCUAGCGCCAGGGCCGUUAUUGCGCUGGACAUAUUCCAAGUAUGCUCUACAGUCUAUGUUUAUGUUUUAUUUUAUAUUUAUUCUACGAUUAGUGAGUCACUCCGUCCUAACGUUCUCCAGGUGCAAACGUCAUGCGGCUAUGGAGUCCCUCUCCUGGCCCUCCGGACAGACGCAGAGACAGGCGCCGUGAAGCCGUAUCUCCAGGACCGGGACACCCUUGUGGACUGGGCUGAGAAGCAGGCUGAGAAGAAACAGCUGUCCAAGUACAUGAACGCGUGGAACGCGGAGUCCCUCGAUGGGCUGCCAGGCCUGCGCGCCGCCAUGAUUGCUCGGGGCCAGUCUGACGCCGCCGUCAGCCUGUCCAUUGCACUCUGCAAGUACCGUCGGCCACUGGAGAUCGUCUCUGCCGUCCUGAUGGCUGUCCUCGCCCUCUGGCUGGCCGGGUGUUUGAAGCAGCCGGCCUUUUUCGGUCGUACAGGUGUCAUAUUAUAA